AUGGAAAAGAGCCGUCGGAUUCGCACCGCCUUCACCCUGGAACAGCUGCAGGUUCUGGAGCGCAGCUUCCAGAGAAGCCGCUACCUGUCGGUGCUGGAGCGGCACACCAUCGCCGCAGCCCUCCGCCUGUCCGAGACUCAGGUCAAGAUCUGGUUCCAGAACAGGCGCACCAAGUGGAAGAAGGAGCGUCUGACUGCGCGGGAGAUGGAGGCGCAGGAGGAGCAGUGCAUCUUCUUACCGGCGUUCCCGUCCCAGCCUGCGGUCUGCGCGCCCCUCUCCUGCAAGCCCCUGUACCACCAGCAAGCCCCCACGCUCCGGGUGCUUCCAGCGCUGCCCCCGAUGCCCUGCCCAUACUAUUACACAUGAUGCGUAAAAGCGCGCAGUGGCUUGAGUGCAUAAUGGACCAGAUUCAUAAGAAGCCUUCCAAACACGCACCACCAUGGGGAGGAUUUGUUACCAAAUUGGGACUGAUCAGAAAUCAUUUUGAUAAAGAGAAAUGUGUCUUAGUUGCUAAUUUAAUUUUACAAAAAUGUGUAAACUUAAACGUUUUUAACUGAAUUUAUUUUAAGUUAAUAUUCUUGUUUUUGUGUUGAUAUUUUGUUUACUUCUUUAAUGUAAAACUGGCUUUGUUAAACAGAAGGAACGGUUUAACUCGGCUAAAACA